UGCAGCUGUGCCGCACACUAAGACGCAGCCGGCGAGACAUUAGAACCAACAGACACCACAGCACUGCACCAACAUUUUACAACUCGCCAAGCUGCGGGGGUUUGACUGUCGUCUGUCAAACUCUGCUAAAAACCCCGCGGGCCCGGGUGCGACACGGAGGGCGGUUUGAGUUUUGAUCAGUUUUCGCGCUUUUACCAUCUGCAUGUCCGACUUCGUUGCGCUACAACCGUAACGCUACCGUCAUGGCCGACUCAACCUCAAAACCUACGUCGCCGGCAGGAUCACCUGCGGCCCAAUCUCCACAAGCAGCGAGGUCUCCCCCAAAGACCAGGACACCGUCGGACGCAGCUGGACUUUCCCCCGCUGGAGCCACUGACUUGGAGGCUGAUAUCGCAAUCGAUGAUGGCGAAUCGGACAACGCUUCUACCAUUGACGAUAGAAUUUCUUCAUACACCGCAUCUCUAUCCUCGUCUGUUCUUGACUACCCCACCGAGCACGGUCGCCGAUAUCAUUCGUUUCGAUCCGGAUCUUACAUCCUUCCCAACGAUGAAAGCGAGAUGGACCGACUGGACUUUUGCCACGCCUUGUUGACAAAGACAAUUGGAGACAAACUGUUCUUGGCCCCGGUAGAUGAGACAAAAAUGCAUCGAGUCCUUGACGUCGGCACAGGGACAGGCAUCUGGGCCAUUGAGAUGGGUGAUAAGUACCCAAAUGCGGAGAUCCUUGGGAACGACCUCAGCGCCAUUCAGCCAGCUUGGAUACCGCCGAACGUCAAAUUCGAGAUUGACGACGUCGAAAGCGAGUGGAUUGGAGAGGAAUACGACUUCAUUUUCAGCCGGUACAUGUGCGGGUCCAUCGCGGACUGGCCAAAGUACGUGAAGCGCGUCUAUGAUAACUUGAAUCCUGGCGGUUGGGCCGAAUUCCAAGACUGGAGUUUCAUGAUCUACUCCGACGAUGGUACAAUUGAGGGCACCGAGCUCCUACGGUGGGUAGACCUCUUCAUGGACGCCUGCAAAAUCUUUGGCCGAGAUGGGCAAAUCGGACCCAAGCUGGAAGGCAUCGUGCGUGAGAACACCGGUUUCGUCAACAUCCACCACCAGCCGUUCAAGAUCCCCGCUGGUCCAUGGGCGAAGGAUCCUCAUCUCAAGGACAUUGGAAUGCUGGAGUUGAUUCAGCUAUUGGACGGCCUUGAAGGCUUCUCCCUGCGCCUUCUUUGCGGAGCUCUUGGGUGGACGAAGGAGGAGGUCCUUGUCUUGUUGGCUGGUGUUCGGAAGGAUUUGAAAGAUCCCAAGAUUCAUGCGUGGCUGUACUAUAACGUGGUCUACGGCCAGAAGCCAGAGAAGGAAGAAGAGUGAUAAUAGGAAUUGUGAAAUGCGUCUUACAUCACGUUACUCUCCCGGGAGUUCAUUCCGACUGAAAAGCAUCUUCCGCAAAAAGCCUGUACAAGUUCAGGGGCAGGUUCCAUACCGCAAAGGCAAAUUUAUCAAGCAAGUGAUAUAGGAAGCUUGCAACAUUCCUGAGUAGAUUUUGCAGGAAGAAUAGUAACGUAUACUUAAC